CUGAGAUACUGCCCGGGCGCCCAGACCAAAGCAGGUGGUUGUCUUAAGGGACCACCCCCGAGCCUUUGACUUGAAUUCUAAUCCACAGGGCAGCGGAGCAGCGUCAGGAACUACGUUUUCAUGGCUACCGGUGACUAAUACGGGUUCAUCAGCCAUUCGAUCCGUUUGGAUUCUGCAGCCCAUGUACAUCAUGGUGACUGCUUUUCGUUUAACCGCUAUCCAAACAACCUUCCUGACAUGGUAGGACCUGCAGGAACGUGAACCCCAGCCAGUUUAGCUUGUUGGGUCACUGCGGUAUUCAAGCCCGACCACCACGAAAAAUUAGCAGUUGUCGGCCCAUUAACCUUCAUCUUAUUAUUCACUCCUCCAUUCAUCGUCAUCCGUUACACUUCUGCUGUCUACUUCUGUAUGCUUUUUUGAAGUGUAGCAACCUGAAUCAAUUCAAGGCUGUGCGUUGAUAAGUCACCUGGUAUUUGUUUUAAAGUGUAUUUUUCCUUCUUUUAUAGAGCGUGCCUGAAAACUAGUUUGCAACUUACUUUUCAACUAACUUCUCUAUGCUUCUACAAGAUGAUUUCAAACUACAUAUGAUUGUAUAUUUCUGUCAUCGUGUUCUUCUCUAAAUCCAUUGCCCAACAUACACUUUAAAUGUUAUUUUUCAGAUGUGUCCAGGAAUUUUCACCGGUCGUUAUCUAUUUUUAAUCCAUAACCAUGGUAGAGUCUGAAAAUUUAGCUGACAGGAAGUACUAUAUUGAUUUUGUUCCAACAAACUCUGCACAAGCUAUUCAAAAAGCCGUUUCAAAUCUCUACUGCUGUGAGGAUAUUGUUAUCAAAGGAAGACUUGGAAAUGGAUAUUUUGCAUCUGUAUUUUUGGUUAAUCAUCGUCCAACUAAGCGGCUUAUGGCUAUGAAGCUGACCAAUGAAGCAUCGUUUCAUCGGCGUGAAAUAGAACUUUUGGGUUCUUUAAAUCAUAUCAAUGUUUUAAGACUCUAUGGUUCAUGCUUGAUUGGCGCUCGAUUUGUGUGUCUAACAGAAUACGCCAAUGGUGGUAGCCUAGCAGAUUUAUUGGCUGCUAAGGCAAUAGACUUGUCAUGGCCUGUACGAAUCAACCUGGCUUUGGAUAUCGCUUACGGUCUUCAUCAUUUACGCAGUCAUAAUCUUAUUCAUCGAGAUUUAACUUCUCAGAAUAUCCUUAUUCGAGUUCAACCACGAAUUUAUCCUGACACAGCGGAUAAUGGUUUCAAUUCAACUUCUAACCGUGAUAGUUUUCAUGAACGAAGUACACAAACGAAGCAGUCCAUCUCAGAAUGUGAUAUACACACCAAAGGAGAUACACAUAAAAAUUGUGUAUCUCAACACCGUCAUAAUCUUCAUAAUCCUUACUUUCGGCAGCAACAACAACAACAGGGUUAUAAUAGAGUCCAUCAAGAUAGUGAGACAGACGAGUUUCUACUAUCCAACUCUUAUCUAGAUCUGUUAAACUCAGACAACGAUGCAACUACUGUUGAUGAAUUCGGUUUAAAUUUAGCCCAUCUACUUUCAUUUAUAAGUAAUCAUAGUCGUGAAAUAUCCUGUACCAAUAAGCUAAGUAUUCCCAUCAAUUGUUUACAGGCUAUGCCACUUAUUGAACCACAGUGGAAGCAGUUGAUCAGUAGUAAUGAUUUAUGCCUCUUAAAAUGCUUAAAUCGAUCAGAAGUUUUGACGUCGAACAGUCCGUUUACUUUCACAGCACUUGUAGCCGACUUGGGUUUAUGUUUGGAUUUAAGUCAGGAUCAUGUUGACGCUGUUUCAGUCGUCGGGAAUCCAUUUUACACAGCUCCAGAAUGCUUAAACCGAGUGGCACCGUAUACAUUUGCCGCAGAUAUUUUCUCCUAUGGUCUUUUGGUGUGUGAACUGAUAACACGUUUUCCCAAUGACUGUUCCCUUAUCCCUCGAAAAUCGUCUUUUGGUCUGGAUCAUGAAAACCUUCCAAUACCAUCAGACUGUCCUAUUUGGUUAUUUCAGCUGGCGGUAGAUUGUUGUAGUGUUGAUCACUUAUUACGUCCAGACAUUCUCGACGUUAUUGAUCGUAUUGAGAAGUGUCGUCUCAAUUUAUCGUGUCACUCAACAACAAUCCAUUCACCAUCUCCUGUGCCUGUACAAAAUUCAGUGACAACAAACGGUUCUUAUGAUAUUACAUCUCAAGAAAUUGUCCAUGAAUCUGCUACAUAAAAUAUGCCUAAUAUAACUCAUAUAAAUAAUCUCAUUUCCCCUUACUGUUUCGCCUUAACAGAUCUGAUUUCUCAUGUAUUAUUUUGUUCAAUAAUUGCGAUGCAGUGAGAAUACUCUGUCCUUUUUGAUAAUAACAAUAAUAUUAAUAAUAAUAUUAAUCACUUUCUGGUACAUUUUUUGAACUGUUCACACUUGCUAUUUAUAAGCAUUUCCCACCGAAAAAAGACAAUCAAAUACCCAGUACUAAUUCAGGUAAUCUGUUUUCUCUCUUGGGCUGCUGUGCUGUUUUUGAAUCCCCCCCCGUCUCACAGUUCUUUCAGUUUAUUGUUUGUUGUUACUUUUUCUCUUCGUAUUUUUGCCUUAAUCAAUAAUUGUUAAUACGGUGGGGAAGGGGGUUGUUGGAGGCGCCUUUGUUUAAUAAACAUGUAUACAAUGAAUUAUCAGGAUGUUUUCCCGCUCAUCCUAAUCUCAAUGAUUAAUUUUAAUCCUUGUUUUUUUAGUCUAUACCUUACAAAAUAAGUACACAGGGAAAAAACUGUAUUUUUAUCGUCUUUCUAAUAUUUGUUUAUUUAUUUAUUUAUUUUGAAAGGGAAGGAUUACUUCUGUACUAAUAUCUUAAGUGUAUUAUCGUUUUCUUCUUCUUCUGUUAAACCGUCGUCUGUUCCCCAACUCCUCCCGCAUUCACUGAUUAACUAUGCUCCCCCUGUUUGUUAUUGUUAUUUUUUACUAGUCUUAUCAUCGUCAUUACCGGCGUCACAUGAUCACUAUCACUAUUUUGUUUUGCAUUGUUCUCAAUACAAUUGUUACUGUUAUGACGAUCCUGUCAUUAUUGAUGCAUUGCAUUACAAUUUAUUGCUUAGUGUUCUCCCCUUUUUUAUCUUUCAAAUGAAAAGGAUAGUUUAUCUUCUGCACUCCUGAGGAUCUGUCUUCUCUCUCUCUCUCUCUCUCUCUCUCUCU